AUGGCCGAAGUCUCAGACACCACCGUCAGCCCCGAGAAGCUCUUCGUGGAGCUGAAGACGAUGGAUCCGGAAGUUAGCCGGGAGGACUACUACAACCCUGAAAGCGACAGCUGGGACAUUGCAGGCCUCGAGGAUGACUUGCGCUUGUCCAAGGUCGAGCAGGAGUUGUCGACCACCCAGCAGAAGCCCGUGGAGGUGUAUGCCGCACGUACCUUUGAGCAGCUCUUUGCGGAGCUGAAGGCGCUUGAUCCCACUGCCAACGAGGCAGACUACUACGACGAUGCUAGCGGCAUCUGGGAUGCGGAUGGGCUGGAGGAUGACCUUCGCAUUCUCAAGGCUUCCUCCUCGGCACCUGCUGCUGCGGCUGCGCCGGCUACAGUGCAGCAGGACGGCGGCGAUCUGCUCUUUGCCGAGAUCCAAGCCCUAGACCCGUCGGCAAGCAAGGAAGACUACUACGACGCCGCUGGUGACGUCUGGGACCUCGACGGGUUGAAGGACGACCUCCGCCUGGCCAAGGCAGCAGCUACGUCUCCUUCUUUGCAGACCGGGCCCGGCAAGCUCUUUGCCGAGCUCAAGUCCCUGGAUCCGGCGGCGAGCAAGGCCGACUACUACGAUCCUGUGGGCGAAUUCUGGGAUGUCGAGGGGCUCGAGGACGACCUACGCCUGGCCAAGGCUGCCGCCGCUCCCGCGCGAGCGGCGCCAUCUCCGGCGGCCUCACCGCCUGCAGCCAAGCAGGCUGCAGCUGCUCCAGCACCAGCCACGCCAUCUGCCGCGGCUGCGCCAUCUCCAGCCAAGCAGGCGAAUGGACCGACCAGAGGAGAGAAGCUCUUUGCCGAGCUGCUUUCCGUAGACCCGGCUGCUAGCAAGGAAGACUACUACAUUCCUGCUGGCGAUGUCUGGGAUAUCGAAGGGCUGGAGGACGACUUGCGCCUGGCCAAGGUCAUGGCAGAGCGAGAAACUGACAUGACGACCAAGAUCCUCACAGGCAGUGUCAUUGCCAGCCUGGCCCAGGACCUCCCUGGAUAG